AUGGCUGCCUAUGCUUUGGGGCCAAAAUCUGUGGAUUUCGAUAAAGUAUGGGGUAACCUACAGCCGUCCGUCAUUGAAAUCAUGAAUCUUCAUCCGAUGACUAAAAAGGAUUGGGACGACAAGUUUCAUGACGUUUAUGACAUCUGUGUUGCAAUACCAGAGCCUCUCAGUAGUCGUCUAUAUUCAUCAAUGAAGAGAUGCAUAGAGAUGCAUGUAAACACCAAAUCUCAAUCAGAUGAACUGCUGAAUCAGUAUUUUUCAAUGUGGAAGGUGUUUUACAAAGGAUCUAACUACGUUCACCGAUUAUUUGGGUAUCUCAACAACCAGUUUGUGAAAUCAAAGCGAUCUGUUGAGGGCGAUGCCUACGCUAAUUAUGCGACCUUUCUACAAAAACCGGAUGUAAAGGAGAUUGGUUGUUUGGCUAUGGAUAUAUGGAAGGAACAUCUAAUUGAGCCAAUUUUGGACAAGUUGGUGAACUUACUUUUAGCUGCUAUAGGAGAAGAUCGACUUGGUAAUGUGCCACCCAAUAAGGAUGUCAUUGCUGGUGUGAUCUCUUCUUUUCUUCAGAUUGAAGAGUUCGAGUACUCCCCCACACUCGGUGUAAAACUUAACUAUAGAGAACCUCCCAAGGAAUUCUAUCAGAAGGCUUUUGAGUCAAGAUUUUUGGCAGCCACUGAGGAAUACUAUUCGGGUCUGGCGCAAAAGCUGCUGAGUGACCUGACGUGUAGCAAAUACAUGGAAGCUGUCAUUGAAGCGUUAGAAGCAGAAGAGCGCCGUUCCGCGACGUACGUCAGUCAGUCCAGUGUGUCGAAGGUCAUCCGUUUAUGUCAAGAUGUGAUGAUUAAUGCGCAUAAGGAUAAACUGCAUGCAGUCUGUCAUGAAUUAAUAACGAAUGAAGAGCGAAAAGAUUUGCGCAACAUGUAUCGGUUGCUGAAGCCGAUACCUUCUGGUUUACUCGUAAUGGCUAAAGAGUUCGAGGAUUACGUUCGAAAAAAGGGACUUGAUUUGAUUUCCACUAUCUCUGGAGACAAUAUUCCUCAACAGUUCGUGGAUAAUGUUCUUAAAGUCCAUGAAAAAUUUCAUGCGAUGAAGACAGAAGUCUUCAUGGAUGAUGGCGACUUUGCCGGAGCAUUAGAUAAGGUAUUUCUAUUGAUGUCGUCCUUAUUGGUUUCUGCUACUUCUUUGGCUCGAUACACGGAUAACUUGUUGCGAAAAUCUGCAAAGGGAAUGAAUGAAUUGGAAGUGGAUCAGCAGUUGAGCAAGGCAAUUGUAAUAUUUAGGUACAUUGAGGACAAAGACGUGUUUCAGAAGUACUAUUCGAAAAUGUUGGCGUCGCGCCUCAUCAUGGGUUUUUCGGUGGCGAUGGACGCCGAGGAAGCGAUGAUCAACAAGUUGAAGCAAGCUUGUGGGUACGAGUUUACCAGCAAACUGUCGCGAAUGUUCACGGAUAUCGGACUCAGUAGCGAAUUGGCCGACAAAUUCAAUAAGGUUUCUGCCCACACUUCCGUGAAUGUGUCUAUGCAGCCACUAGUCUUGCAAGCUGGUUCGUGGCCACUCUCUGUACCUCAAGCGAGCAAUGGAGUCUCAGAUACCAUCUCUUUCAUCUUACCAUUGAUUUUACAACCAUCAAUAGCGGAAUUCGAGAAAUACUAUAUCGGUGCUCACAAUGGCAGGAAACUUACUUGGCUCUUCAAUAUGUCACAUGGCGAGCUACGGUUAACGUAUUUGGACAAACCGUACCUAGUAUCCAUGACUGUUUAUCAAAUGGCCAUACUUUUGUGCUUUCAGGAGAGGGAUUCUAUUCUCUCCGACAUAUCAGCAGAGACUGGAAUUACUGGGGACACAUUACUUCGCAAUGUUCGUUCUAUCAUCGACUGUCAUACGUAUUUGUUUCAGGAGUUGGAUGAUUCUUCGGAAUUGUCCCUAAACAAAACAUUGACUUGUAAGCGACUCCGUUUUCGUCUUGCAACUCCUCAAGUGGUCAAACACACCGAGAAAGAAGCCGAAUCCGUCUGCACUACGGUGACACACGACCGUAAAUAUUACAUGGAAUGCGCGAUUGUACGAAUAAUGAAAACUCGAAAAGUUCUAAAACAUAGUGCACUGGUCAAUGAGGUCAUAGAGCAGACCAGAACCAGAUUCACUCCUGAUGUAGCUUUCAUUAAGAAGAGCAUCGAAGACCUUAUAGAAAAGCUGUAUAUCCAACGAACGGAUCAGAAUGAUGAAUAUCAGUAUCUUGCCUAG